ACUGUUCAGUGUUCACUGUUCAUUAACUCACGAGGAGUCAGUGUGUAACGACGUCGUGAAUUGAAUGCGUGUGUCGGAAUUUUGCAGUGGUUGAAUUUGGAACUCGUGAUUUUGGGAAAUAUGUCGUGUCCAAUGAGAUCAGCGCUAGAAGAUAUAGGUCAGGAUGGCAGCCACUUGGGAAAUGAAGCUGGGAUGCUGUAUGGAGAAUACCUCAUGCUGGAUAAACUGCUCUCUGCCCAGCGCAUGCUCAGUGCUGAAUCCUCGAAAACUGUCCACGAUGAGCACUUGUUUAUCGUGACACAUCAAGCUUACGAGUUGUGGUUCAAGCAAAUAAUCUUCGAGGUGGACUCUGUGAGAUCUAUGCUGAAUGUGGAAGGUCUGGAUGAGGGUCACACCAUGGAAAUCCUCAAGAGAAUGAAUAGAGUAGUUCUUAUAUUAAAGCUACUAGUAGACCAGGUAAUGAUCUUGGAGACAAUGACACCUCUGGACUUCAUGGAUUUCAGGCAGUAUCUGCGACCAGCUUCGGGUUUCCAAAGUCUACAGUUUAGACUUCUUGAGAAUAAGUUGGGUCUCAAGCAAGCUCUGCGCGUGAAAUACAAUCAAAAUUACCAAACAGUCUUCGGAGACGAUCCAGAAGCUAUGGAGGCUUUGAAAAAAUCAGAAGAGGAGCCGGCGCUCUUAGCUUUAAUCGAGCGGUGGCUGGAGCGUACUCCCGGCUUGAACACCCAAGGCUUCAAUUUCUGGGGAAAAUUCCAAGCUGUUGUUGACAAAGUUCUGGCUGAGGAUAUUGAAGAGGCCAUGCGAGAACCCCACGAGGAAGUCCGCCGUCACCGUCUCCAAGAUAUUGAAAAUCGUCGUGAGAUCUAUCGCUCCAUAUUCGAUCCUGCCGUCCAUGAUGCUCUACGGUCUAGAGGAGAGAGAAGGUUGUCUCACAAGGCACUGCAGGGUGCCAUCAUGAUAACCUUUUAUCGCGAUGAGCCCCGGUUUUCGCAGCCCCAUCAGCUGUUAACGCUACUUAUGGAUAUGGACAGUCUUAUCACCAAGUGGCGAUACAAUCACGUGAUAAUGGUGCAGCGUAUGAUUGGCUCCCAGCAGCUUGGUACUGGUGGAUCGUCGGGGUAUCAAUACUUAAGAUCUACUCUCAGUGACCGCUACAAAGUUUUUCUGGACCUCUUCAAUCUCUCUACCUUCCUUCUGCCUCGUUCUCUUAUUCCACCUCUGGAUGAUGGGAUGAAACGGGACUUAAACCUCACAUGGGGAGAACCAGUUAAGGAAAAUGAAAGAAACAGUCAAAAUGGCUUGGAAAAUUCUAAUUUAUAGGAUUUUGUAUACCAGUCUAUAUAUAAUUCCUUUGUAACAAAACCGUUACAGGAAUUUAUCAAUAGGGUAUUAUAAAACAUAUCAAGUUAUUGUUAAUUUUAUUGUUUUUGAAGCAAUUAAAUCGAAAUCUAAAAAAAUGUUUUCCCUCGAAAAACAUCCGUAGUCAAUGACGACAUUCAAGUUGUCGUUGUCAAUCAGAUAAAUGUCAAAUGUCAUGAUACCAUAAACUACGCAAAUGACAGUAACUAAAAACAGAUAAAAUCAGCUGAGAUAACGUCAUUACUGUUUGUAUCGGAUUAAAAAAGUUUCAAAACUGAAAACCAUUUUUAUAUAAAUUAAAUUGAUUGUUAUUUGUAUAAACGCAAAACACCCAAUUAAAAGUUUUUGUCAAACAUCUACGGUUGGUUGUUAUUGAAUGUUAGUAUGUAGUCUGUUCGCAUUUUACCAAGAAUUUCAAUAAAUUAUUAAGAGUUCCUAUUUCCUAACGUAUAGUACGUAUAAAAAGAUAACUGUGCGGUCAACGUAUCUUUUGUCGUUAGAUAAAAAUUUAUAAAACAAUUAUACCAUAUAUAUUAAUUAUAAUUUCGAAUCAUCAAUUUUUUAUGAAUUUUAUUAAAACAUUCUCUGCCUCUGUG